UAGAAGAAGGAGAAGAAGAAGGAGAUUAAGAGACUAAAGGAAAAGGAGAAGAACUACAAGAAGUUUUAGUUAGUUUUUCUCUAGAAAAUUUAACUUUUGCUGCGAGAUUCAAGAGACUCAAAACCUGUCUGUCUGUCUGCCUGUCUACUUGUCUGCCUGUCUACUUGUCUGCCUGUCUGCCUGCCUGUCUGCCUGUCAGCCUGUCUACCUGCCUGUCUGUCUGCCUGUCUGUCUGCCUGUCCUGGAGGAUGUCCCCGGGUGUCUCCACUCUCUGCCGGCCCUCUGGCUCCUCCGGCUGAGACUCAGAUUUCUGACAGCCGAACAGAACCAGAACCAGACCCAGAACUAGAACCAGACCUGGAUCUGGAUCUGUAGACCGGAUUAAAGCAGCCUAUCAGAUAGGAUUGUCUGGGUUCAGGAUGCCCUCAGAUCUGACUGCAGGACUCGUCUUCAGGGUUCUGCUUCCCCUCACUCUGACUGCAGCGUGCGUGUUGCGGUUUAAUGGAUUCUCUCUGGUCUACGUGGUCCUGCUGCUGAUACUGCCUCUACUGCCGGACCCUUCCUCCUCCUCUUCAUCAUCAGGUAACGCGUGUCGCUGUGUGAUGGUCGUCUGUGUCUCCAGUUUCCUCUUCCUGUUGCUGCAGUCCUUCUUCCAGAUGACCACAGCCACCCUGCAGCCAGAGUCCAACUGUACGUCAUGGCAGAAAGCUCUCGGUCAGCUCGGCCUGGUGAGUCUGACAGGAAGUGAUGCCGGCUCGGCAGUGAGACAGAUCUUUCCAGAUGUUGGUGUGCUCGUCAUCGGUGUGCUGACCUGGAGGCUGAUCGUAAGACUGAACGCCGACACACACACACAGCCUCAGCAGGAGCAGCAGGACCGGAAGGAGGAUCUGAUGUCUGAGGAGGACUCUGUCCUCGGAGACGAGGAGGAGGAAGAAGAGGAAGAAGUCACCAGAAACAAUUUUCUGGUUGAACUGGAGUUACUGGUCGGUAAAACCAGGCAGAUGGUGGAAACCAUGACGACGACUGGAGGGAAAGUCGUGCUGACAGUUCUACUGGGACUGACAGGCAUCAUGUUCCCCUCCCUCUCCUCCCUCCCCUACCUGCUCUGUUUUCAGGUGUUGUGUACCUGGUGGGCAUGGUCUGGCCAGGUCCCGUCCCUCCUCUUUAGGUGUGUGUCUGUGAUGUCACUGCCCUACUCCGCCUCCCACUUCCUGCUCCUCUACAGCUACCAGCUGCCCUCACUGCAGGAGGCAUGGCCUCCUAACCGCACCUCUGCCAGAGUAUUUGGGAUGAUCCAGGCUGGCUCUGUGGACUGCUCGGCCCCCUGGAGGCUGCAGGUGAACUCUGAGCUUAGCUGGUUUCACUUCUGCAGUCCUCUGAUGCUGCUGCUGCUCUACAACACCGUGGCCAGUCUGUGGAGGAACCAGAUGAUUGACGGUGAUGGGGGGUGUGGUACAGAUAGGACAGAGUCAGCAAUCAGCAGGAGCUGUGACAUCAUCACCGCCACCAGCAACCUGAGUGAUGAUGUCAGCAGUGACAUCACAGCGGAGAGACGGAGAGAGCUGUGGAGGAGAGCGCACGAUCGUCCCGAGAGCAGAGACACGCUGGCGUCCUCCACCAAUCACAGUCCCUCUGACUCUUUUGCCCCGCCGACCCAGAGCACAGCCUUGGGAUUGGAUGUUUACUCCACGCCUCACUACUCUCUCAGCCAGUCAGACACUUUGGAGAUGUGUGAGUUUGAAGAUGAAUGGGAGGAGGUGGAGGUGGAAGCUGCCACUCUGGCGUUCAGCUUCCUCCUCAAACAGAGUUACAUCUGCGCUCUUGUGGCCAUGAUGGCCUGGCCCAUCACGUACGUGUCCUGGAUGACGUGCGUCCUGCUGCUGUGGUCGUGCAUCCUCUGGAUGAUGCGAGAGCGUCGCCGCUACACGCUGAUGUCAUCACCCUGGCUGGUCGCCUACGGCAACCUGCUCGUCGUAAUGCAGUAUGUCUACAGCUUCCCCUCUGUCCAGGAAGUUCCUGGACUGUUCCCGAAAAAAGAUGAUCCCUGCAGAGAGCUCGCCUCAAAGUUGUUGUGUCUGGUGACCUUCUGGCUGCUGCUGCGUCAGGCGCUAACUGAGAAGAGAGACAGACAGAAAGACACACAGCUGUCCACCAUCACCGUCCACACACAAGAGGAGCAGAGUGUUUGUGACGAUCUGCAGGAGAAGAAGAAAAAGGAGGAGGAGGCGUCGUACGAGGAGGUGCUGCUCCUGCAGAGAGGAGGAGGACUUAAGAUGGAGGGUCUUGUUGCCGUGGUUACCAGGAUGUUUGUUAAAUACUGGAUCUAUGUCUGCGGAACGAUGUUUUUCUUCGUUAGUUUUGAAGGAAAAAUCGUCGUCUACAAAGUGAUCUACAUGGUGAUGUUCCUCUGCUGCGUUGCCCUCUACCAGUUGAACUACGAGCGUUGGCGUGCCAUGCUCAGGGGUUUCUGGGUAGCCGUGGUGGUUUACUCCAUGUUGGUUCUGAUCCUGGUCUACACCUUCCAGUUCCCCUCGUCCCCCGACACCUGGAGCUACUACACUGGACUCAGCACUCACAGGUUGGAGGACAUCGGUUUGGAGAAGUUUUCUGUUCCUGUUCUCUUCACCAGGAUCUUCAUCCCCGCUGCCUUCCUCUUGGUGUGUGUCGUACACCUGCAUUACUUCCACCAGCCCUUCUUGCAGCUGACUGAUCUGAAGACUGUGGUGGACACACACAACAGCACCAUCACCAGGUUGGUCCACUCUGAUGGCAGCCUGUUCGACCUGUCGCUGGGCGGAGCUCCUCCACUCCUCCUGGAGGAGGAGAAGAGAGGAGAACAGAUGGAGACAGAGACAGAGGAGGAGACCCAGGAGGAGGAGCAGGAGGAGGAGGAGGAGGAGGAGGAGGAGAAGAACCCCUGCAUGUUGGAGAGGGAGACCCUGUCCGACCACAUCAGAGGCCUGGUGUCUUGGCGGUUGGUGGUGGACCGUCUCUCGGUUCUGUCCCUGCGUGUCCUCGUCUCCCUGCAGCGCCUCCAGUUCGUCCUCUGGUGGAUCCUGGAACUGCACAUUGUCAAGAUCGUCUCCUCGUACAUCAUCUGGGUCUGUGUGAAGGAGGUCUGUGUGUUGAACCUGCUGUUCGUGGUGUGCGUUGCCGUGGCGUUGCCCUGCAGGACAUGGCGCCCCCUGCUGUCAGGAGUCUGUACUGUUUGGACCUGUGUGCUGACCGUCUGUAAGAUGUUGUACCAACUCAACGUUGUCCAGCCAAUCAGAUACUCCUCCAACUGCACAAUGCCAGGUAACUCCAGUACUGACCUGUCUGGCUCUGGUCUGUACUCUGGUCCCAUUGACCCCGCCCAGUGGGUGGGGCUUCGGAAGACGGACGGGAAACUGCUCGACUACCUGCGGUCCAACCUGACGAUGCUAGCGCUAUUAGCCUUCGAGGUAACCGUCUACAGACACCAGGAGCUUUACCGUCUCCGACGUAACGAAGUCCCGCCCCCUACCAGAACGCUGUUUCAUGACAUCACCAGGCGUCACCUGGACGACGGUGUACUGAGCUGCAUUAAGUACUUCCUCAACUACUUCUUCUACAAGUUUGGACUGGAGACCUGCUUCCUGUUGGCUGUGAACGUGAUUGGUCAGCGGAUGGAUUUGUUUGCUGUAGGCCACGCUUUCGGCCUCAUCAGCGUCCUAUCACAGCGCAACAGGAAGCACAUCGCCGCUGUGUGGCCCAAGUACUGCUACUUCCUGUCGGGGCUGUCGUGUUUCCAGUACCUGCUGUGUAUCGGAUUCCCUCCGGCUGCCUGUAAAGAUUAUCCGUGGAGACCUCCCAACUCCAACAUGGACUCCAACGUGGUGAAGUGGCUCUUCCUCCCUGAUUACCUGACCCCCCCGAACCCACUCUUCCUCCUCUACGACUUCCUGCUGCUGCUCGGGGCCGCGCUCCAGCGGCAGGUGUUUGAGGACGAGAGCCGGCCGGCGGUUCAGAUCCUCGCUGGAGACAACUGGGAGCUGGACCAGGACGACGGACACGUCUCUGAUCCAAUCAGACGGCUCCAUGUCAACACAGGCCCCGACUUCAUGCUUUGCAGGUCUUACUUGGACAUGAUGAAGUUGAUAAUCUUCAGCUACAUGUUCUGGUUCGUCCUCACCAUCAUCUUCAUCACCGGGACAACCAGGAUCAGUAUCUUCUGUAUGGGUUACCUAGUGGCGUGUUUCUACUUCCUGUUGGUGGGCGGAGACCUGCUGCUGAAACCAAUCAGAUCCAUCCUGGUGUACUGGGACUGUCUGAUUGGUUACAAUGUGUUUGUCAUCACUAUGAAAAACAUUCUGUCGAUCCUGGCGUGUGGUUUUAUUAAGUCCUUGGUCUUGAAUCACUGUUGGCUGAUUCAGCUCUUCAGUCUGGCCUGCACCAUCAAAGGAUAUACCAAACCGGAGCAGCAGAGCAGUAAACAGUGUGAGUUGCCGAGCGACGAGGCCGGCAUCAUCUGGGAUGGAGUGUGUUUCUGUUUCCUGUUGCUGCAGAGGAGAGUCUUCAGGAGUCAGUACUUCCUGUAUGUGGUGCUGGACCUCCAAAAUACACAAAUACUGGCUUCCAGGGGUGCAGAGCUCUUUGAGGCGUCCACAGUGAAAGCUGUCAGAGCGAGACUGGAGGUGGAGAAGACAUCCAUGGACCUGCUGAAGAGACAGAUGGAGAGAAUUAAAUACAGACAGCAGAAGUUCCGCAGAGGAAAAGCUAAAAUGUUGAGUUUGACCCAAGACAGCUUCCACACUGAUGGUCCAGAAACCAAGAAGGGUCAGCAACGGAAAAAGUGGUGGAGACCCUGGGUAAACCACACCUCCAUGGUGAGGAGCGGUGACUACUACCUGUUUGAGACAGACAGUGAGGAAGAAGAGGAGGAGAAGGAGGAAGAAGAGGAGAAGGAGGAGGAACUACCUGACAAAUCAGCCUUCCAGUUUGUUUAUCAUGCCUGGAUAACAGACUCCAGAACAGCAAUGAGAGCUCGCAACAACCAAAAGAAACUCUGGAAGAAAAACUCCUCUAAACGAAGGAGUAGGAAGGAGGAGAAGAGAGAAGCAGCUGGAGUCAUAGAAGUGACGGAGGAGACAGAUGAGGAUGAAGAAGAGGAGGAGAAAGAGGAGGGACCAGACACGGUGUUGCGUCGGUUUUCAAACACGAUGCGGUUCUGUUGGGUUCUGCUGUCGGCUCUGCUGGACUCUCUGACUACCUGGCUCAGCAGUCUGUGUCAGGAACACAUCGACAUCUCCACGGUCCUCCGCAUUGAGCGCUGCAUGCUAACGCAGCAGGCUAAGCAGGGUAAUGUUCCGACCAGAGAGGCAAUCCACGUUUACUACCAAGAACAGCUGAUGAAAAGCUCCAGAGAGUCAGGCCUGAACUACAGUACCCAUGAGGCCGAGGGGCAGACCUCAGCGGAGAGUGGAAGGGAAGAGGAAGAGGCAAUGGAUUCUGACACUUGUGAAAUAGCAGAUAAGAAACCAGAGGCGGAACCAGGAAGAGAUUAUCCAGAUGAACAAGAACCAGUAUCAGGAGCAGAAGGUCCUGAUGAAACAGAACCAGAACCUGUUUCAGUCAAACCAGUUACAGCAGAGGUAACCUCGGGGGCAGCAGAGGAAAUAGAGGAAACAGAGACAGCAAUAGCCGAAGGUGACCCAGAACGUGACCCAGAAGGUGAAUAUUGCCCAGAAUGCCUAGUGACUAACACCAGCCAAAGAUGGCGACCCAAGCUGUCCAGGAUGGAGAGAGUUGAAUGUUGGUCCUCUUCAGAGGAAGAGAACCAUUCUCACAGUGCUGAAGACUCAAACCAGCAACUUCCUGUUGACACACAGCCGACUCAGACCAGCACCUCCUCCGCCACCUCCCCGACCUCCCUUCUCCUCCCCCCCUCUUACAGCCUGGCUCUGGGCCUGGACCUACAGGAGGAGGAGGAUUCUGGGGAGGGAUUCAGGAGGCGGCUGCUGGCUGAGACACCGGGGGAGAGGAGUGAGUUCCUGUCUGACUCAGCCUCCACUUCCUGUCUGCUGCUUUCUCGCACUCAGGAGCUGACAGCCAGCGAGCUUCUAAGGAACAGGACUUUCCACAAUGUGGAGCUUGAGGCAUCAGACUCUUUCUAUGCCAACCAACACCAGCUGCUCCAGCUAUGCUACGCCCUCUACAACAUCAUCGCAGCCAGGUCGGAGACGGUGUGUUACCUGGUCAUCGUGUUGAACCACAUGGUGUCUGCCAGCUGUCUAACGUUGGUACUUCCUGUUCUGGUGUUUCUGUGGGCCACGCUGUCCGUCCCUCGACCCAGUAAGACCUUCUGGAUGACAGCCAUCAUCUACACUGAGGUUACCAUCGUCAUCAAGUAUUUCUUCCAGUUUGGUUUCUUUCCAUUCAACCAAAAGCUGGAGGUGGACCGCUCCAAACCGUUCCACCCCCCGAACAUCCUGGGUGUGGAAAAGAAGGAAGGUUACGUCCUGUAUGACCUGCUGCAGCUGCUCGCUUUGUUCUACCACCGGGCAAUACUGAAGUGCCACGGACUGUGGGACCAGAAUGUUGCUACAGAGACAGACGCUCUCCGUCACCACGACAACCAGGUUGACUCCACCCACGGCGCUACCUCCAUCGAUGUGGCAGACUCCGCCGACGUGGCAGACUCCGCCAGCACGCUGCGCCGGCGCGGCAGGAGACGGACGCGCUCCAGCUCCACCCAGCAGCGCUCUCCUGCAGGCAGCGUGAGUUCCAGAUCUCAGCCACCAGGCAGGUUUGAUCUGCUGCUGGAGAAACUCCGAGAACUUUCCAUCAGAGCCAAGAAGUACUCCGUUAGCAGGUGCAUGUCUCUUUACCAUCCGGUCCUUCAGUUCUUCAGAGCUCUCGUCCAACCAGAAUACAGCGCCGUCACCGAUGUUUACGUCCUCAUGUUCCUAGCCGACACCGUCGACUUCAUCAUCAUCGUCUUCGGCUUCUGGGCUUUUGGAAAACACUCUGCAGCUGCUGACAUCACUUCCUCCCUCUCAGAAGACCAAGUUCCUGAAGCUUUCUUGGUGAUGGUUCUGAUCCAGUUUGGCACCAUGGUGAUAGACAGGGCUCUGUAUUUGAGGAAGACAGUUUUGGGGAAGUUGGUCUUCCAGGUGAUUUUGGUUUUUGGGAUUCACUUCUGGAUGUUCUUCAUCCUGCCGACGGUCACUGAGAGACGUUUCAAUCAGAACCUUGUGGCCCAGCUCUGGUAUUUCGUGAAGUGUGUGUACUUCGGUCUGUCGGCCUAUCAGAUCCGAUCUGGUUACCCGACUCGAGUUCUGGGAAACUUUCUGACCAAGAGCUACAACUACCUUAACCUCUUCCUGUUUCAGGGUUUCCGUCUGGUUCCCUUCCUGACGGAGCUCAGAGCGGUGAUGGACUGGGUCUGGACAGACACCACUCUGUCUCUGUCCUCCUGGAUCUGUGUGGAGGACAUCUAUGCUCACUGCUUCGUCCUCAAGUGCUGGAGGGAGUCUGAGAAGAGGUACCCUCAGCCUCGCGGCCAGAAGAAGAAGCGUGUGGUGAAGUACGGGAUGGGAGGUCUGAUCGUUCUGCUGCUGAUCUGUAUCGUUUGGUUUCCGCUGCUGUUCAUGUCCCUCAUUAAAUCUGUUGCCGGAGUGGUCAACAAACCACUGGACGUCUCUCUGACCAUCACACUGGGAGGCUUCCAGCCGAUCUUCACGAUGAGCGCGCAGCAGAAUCAGCUGAAAGAUCUGACAGAGGAAGACUUCAGCUUCUUCACCAGCUCCUACAGCUACACUCCUAGUGCCUUGCAGUUCCUGGAAGCCUAUGGUCCGGAGGAUGUGACGAUGGCCGAGCUGCAGGGCAGCAGUAACUCUCUGUGGACGAUCAGUCCUCCCAGCAGGAAGUACCUGAGCCAGGUGCUGGACCUGGACCACUUCCCGCUGACGCUGUCCUGGACGGUUCAGAGGAACUUGAGUCUGGGGGCGAAGGUGGAGCUUGCAUCAGGUAAACAUGUGACCUACCUGGACGAUCAGACUCGCAUGGAGCUGAUCCAGCUGCUGAACGGAACCAGGACACGUCCUGUGGUCAUACAGGAAGUGUUUCCAUGUUUUAUUCGAGCUCCCAGUGACUCCAAUGCUAAACCCAUCGAACAGCUUUACACAGAUGGCCGCUACAAGGACAUCCUGCUGGCCCUGGAGCGGUCGACCAAUCAAAGCCGAGAGAUCCAGGACUGGUGGAUUGUGGACCAACCGGCUGCCAGCCUGGUGCCUGUCGGGGGCGAAGCUUUGUUCAGUGACAGAAGGGAGGCGGGGCUUCAGCUGUUUGUGUUCAGUGAUAAAGUCAGUCCUCCAAGUCUCGGCUUCCUGGCUGGAUACGGCAUCAUGGGUCUGUACGCGUCGGUGGUUUUGGUGAUCGGGAAGUUUGUGCGCGAGUUCUUCAGCGGGAUCAGUCACUCCAUCAUGUUCGAGGAGUUGCCGUGUGUCGACCGCAUCCUCAAACUCUGCACUGACGUCUUCCUGGUGAGAGAGACAGGGGAGCUGGAGUUGGAGGAGGAGCUUUACGCCAAACUGAUCUUCCUUUAUCGCUCACCAGAGACUCUGAUCAAAUGGACGCAACGCUAACCUCGUCAACGGUUACUACGGCCACAGUGACAUCACAGACUGUGACAUCGUCAUUGACUGUGACAUCAUCAUUGACUCUUGUUUCUGAACACGUGGUUCCUUGGACGGUCUUCAGAAAGAACCUGUGGAGAACGUUCUCCAGGAGGAAACGUCAGUGAGGAAAACAAGAAGCAUUACCUCUUCUGAUGACAUCCACACUGAUCUGAGGACAGUCAUGUUUUGAUUUCUGAUGACCAAUAACUGCAGGGAUACGUCACGUUCUUUGAUAACAGCUGUUUUAAUACAGAGAGAUAUUCUGAGGAGUCAAACGACGACCUUGCAGAUGUUUUCACUUAUUUAUUUGACAUUAAUGUUUACAGGACAAACCUCAGUAUUUCUUUCAUGACUGCAUUGGCUUUGACAGUUAAAGUGUUAGCUUUCAUUAGCACAACAUUAGCAUCAUGCUAGGUGUGCAUCAGCAUUACAUUAGCAUUUUAAGGUCUGCUUAGUAGAGGUGUAGAGUUGCAGGAGCACACCGGAAAAAUGCUCUCUCCAAGUCACAAAAUAGAAUAUUAGCUGAUUGCAUGAACCGAUUGAAAUUCAUAUAAAUUUCUUAAGAGCUUGUGGAUCCAAUCAUCACUAAAGUGUAUGCACGAGCAUUGACGGAAUAUCAUGAACGAGAGAUAAUAAAAACAGAUGGAAUGGUCAAAGUUGCUAUAUUGACAUUUAGCAGCUGGCUCUCUGCCUCUUAAUGUUAUCUCGUAAUGUUGCUCAUUUGUCUGUUACUGUAAAACCUCACCUCCGCGACUUGACAGAAGUCUGCUUAUACUGAAUGUAUACAUUGCCAUAGCAACUGUACACUUAAAACCCACAAAACAGGGUUACAUAACCUUAGAAACGAGCCUCAACGUCACCGUGCACAUGAAUGUGUGCGCGUCAUAGGUGCACUCCGGUAAUAAAACAAAUAGCACUACACCCCAGCUGCUUAGUUAGCGUAAUAUCAGCUCCAUGUUAGCUCUGUUUGAUUGUGACUCUUGUAAACUGGUGUGAAAGGUGAUCAGAGCUAAGCUAAGCUAACUCUAGGAACCAAUAAGAAGGAUGAAGGUGUGAGAUGUCUGUGAGGCCAAUAAUCAAUGAUAAGUGAAAACUGCUGUUCAUACAGUUUUAACAACAUGACACAAACAGAAUAUUUAGUCUGCGUUGCCCCCUAGUGACAGAAAACUGGAAGUAAAUGAACACAUGA